AUGACACUUAUGCAUGGCACCUUCGGAGGUAACGUUUUUGCAACCUGCAUUAACUCCAUCUGGAAAUUUUUAAUUUUAAUCCAAAUUAGGAAAAAAAUUCAAAAUUUGCACAGCUGCCAUUUUGUCCGGCAAACCAACAUCAAUCAUCCUGUUGAUUUUUCAGGGACAGAAUCUACAUUAGAAUUCAAACAGGACAGCGAUUACAUCUUCUUCCACAAUGUAUAUGGCAAUGUUGAGGUAUUUAUCGCCCCUCUGAGAUAGAUGCAGUGUUUUGCCAUCAUACGUUGCCUGACACUACUGAUUUUUUUGCAGUACAUAUCCGUGGACGGUGUAAACAUCUCCAAAGCAGAGGAAGGCUCUCACUGUACCGCACCAAAUGACUGCUGGGAAUUAAUUCUCAGUACGUUUUAUAUGCAGUCUUUUGUUACACAAGAAGCCAAUGCCAUUGAAAUCGCAUAUUUUACAAAUGUGUUAAUUAGUAUGGCUUUUCUACACCCCUCGAAUCAGCAAAAGACAUUUUACCAUGCUUACUAGGAAUAUUUUCUCACUUCCCCGCCCUAGCCUCAGGUAAAAUUAGGUCAAAAUGCCGUUUAAUUUAGACUCACGUGUCAAUAGGAACGCUCAGUCUCUCAAACACUGCCUUGUAAAGUGAACGUAACUCGUAAUCAACAUGGGGGUGCACACAAGAGAUGACUUUUCUCUUGAAACGUUGACUGAAACUCUUAGAUUGGGUCUAGGUUAGAAAGGAUUGUGCAGGUGAUGCUGUAAUAUUGCUUACCAGACUGACGUGAUUGAAUAGCAUCAAAAUGCUUUGUGUACGCUGAAGGGCGGUCGUCCAGACAGUGGCUUCUAGAAUACGAAGACGAAACAGGAAAUGUAAGAAUAAGAAAUUUAAUAAAAUCCAAUGUAUGUGAUCCGCCUGUCAAACACAACUGCAUCUAGAAUAUUAUAAGCCAACAAAAUAUUAUGGACAAUAUGUGAACAAACGAGAAGCAUUCCGUAGAAGUUAUUUCUCAAGAAAUGGAACCGGUGACGAUGUAAGGCCUCAUCCAGACGUUCCAAAAUUAUACUCUCCAAAUGUUUUUUUGUAUGCCGUCUAAAAUGCCUUUGAGUUAAGUAACUGAGCGAUCAUCUCGUCUUUCUCUGACCCCAAAUCCAACCCUGCGCAUUACCCCAAAACAAUCCUUAGCCCUAACGCCAUACAUUGUUCGCUUUCUACCUGGAAUUCAACCUAAACUUUAACUGAAUGAUGCAAGACCCGUAGCAGGCGUCUAACUUGAGUAUCCAAGAGGAUUGGUUGUUUCUUCCGUUUUUGGGUAAAAGAAUGACUGACCGGCUCACAGUGUUUUCUCAUAAGCUGACAAUUAUACAACGUCCGUCUUUACGCUAAUCGAUAGAAAUUUGUAUGCUUACGUGACGAACAAACUGCCGAAGUGAUUAAAGUAAAUUACAGACGAUUCAAUCAGUUCUCUGUAAAAUAGGUCGUUUUCAUCGGCGAUAUUGCCAAAUUUGCAAUUUCCUAACACAUCUUCAAAGUCCACAUGCCUUGACUGAUCCUUUUUGUAUUACGUAAAUAAAGGCAUUGUUCUUGCACGGCUGGCGAAUUUAAUUAUCACCAAUUAAGGCCGUAGCCACGGGCCAAUCAUUAAAAUAUCUUCUAUCCAGCGAUCUGCCGUGCGACAUUCUCCGAGAACGUGGAAAGUGUGUGGUAGAUGAAAAUGACUAUGGGUUCUAUGUAUUCUGAUGUCUUAAGGAACUUUAAGUUGGCGGCAUAUGUGAGCUUCUCAAUCACCUCCGUACCUAAUUCCUGACCGAAAUGCCUUCUCUCAAGAUAAACGACAUUUAAUCGCCCUUGGCUGGUUGAAUGGACCAAAGGCGGCAUUCACGAUGCACCCUGCAAACUCCUCCGACCGACUUGCCGUAGGAUUUCAAUACAAGAAGACUAGCACGCCAGAAUGUAAGUCUAGGAAUGAUUUCAACCUGACACGCAAUAAAAUCUCUCACUUGCACGGUUAUGUUCUCGACGGUUCAGAUUACUCACUAAGCAAAUCAUUCAUUUGACACACAGCGUACAUUAAAGAGUAGUUUUUCAUCGGCGAAUAGUGUUGGGGUACUCCGGUUCUCGAAACCUGUUAAAUAAGAUUCAUUGGUUACCAUGAGUACUAUCAACAUUUUGCUCCCUCUCUCUUGGACGAAAUGAUCAGAUUCAUUUCUGAUUAUUUUUUGGUUUUAACAGAUUGCUGACCUAUCUUGCAAAUGAACUGCAUGGCAUACUAUUAAUUCUAGAUCCGCCGUUGAAGAAUGGAGCAAUAUCUGUCUUUACGAAAGAGCUCCAUGGAAAUCCAUCGUUAGUACAUUUUGUGCUGUCUAAUGUCGAUAUUGGGGUAAGUAUUUUGACCUACUUUACAUUUAUAUCACGGCUAAAUUUGAAAUUUUUAACAGAAAACUGUUGCCUGUCCUCAGCCGCAUGCUCAAAACUAUUUUCUGUAUGAUUUGAAAAACCUUGGUAACCGGACUCGAGAGCAUGCUGAUUUUUAUGUCCUGCUUGUUUCUGACGCGACUGAAAUCCACCGCACCAUCAAUACAUCAAGCACACUCUACAAAUCCGACAAAUCUCCCAUGUCACAACUGCCGACAACUCUCCCCUCAUUCACCAGCCUGGCCCUUGCCAACAGCAGCAGCGUCAGAGCAACCGCAACCGACUCGGCAGCUCCUAAUCUAUGCUGCACACUCUGCCACCGCACAUUCAAAUCACGCAUCGGCCUCGUAGGUCGCUUGAGUAUCCACCAGAGGCAGACUGUCGGACAAAUGCCUGCAACACAAACAUACACCCCUAACCACCGCCUCAGCUGCCCGGACUGCUCCCGCGCACUCGACUAUCGCAUGGGCCUCCAUAGAAGCCUGUGGUAAAUCACAGUAAACUAGACCACAUCAUCGUACACAUCCUCAUAGAGGCAUGCGCCACACAUGAGCACCUCCAACAUCCCACACCACAGACCCAAUUUUGGCACAUCUCACGCAAGUGGUAAUGGUGUUCUUUGACUUCAUUUUUCAUGUGGCUUCUUUGCUGCAUGCGAGAUCCGGACAGCGCACACGUUCCAUGUUGAAUCCUGGUGCGCUGCGCACGGGGCUAGGACAGGCUUGUAGCAUGCGCAGACGGGUGGUUGUCUAGGCUCAGUUAGUCACCCCUCAUCAGGCGGCUAGCCGGCUCGGCGAAAAGACUGGUACGCGGAAAAGGGCGAAGAGAGGCAACAAGAGUACAUUUGAACUCGUAGCUUUAAAGGUUGCCUGCCGACGACCCAACGCAAACCUCAAAAUCAGCACCGUGUGUGUGUGUGUGUGUGUGUCUGUGUGGAGUGGCCUACUGGUGGGAAAAGGGUCUGAUUGCAAUGGCUCCUUAUAGAUGCGAUCAUUUUGACCUCCUCUCCCUCCUAUUCAGCUGGGAUCCGAACUGCCCGCCCUCCAUUUUUUCUUGUUGUUUUAAACCCCGAUUCUUUGUACGCGGAUUAGAUGGUGUGGUGGCACGCCCAUGUGCGGUUUCACGCCACACUAGCCCCCUCAAUGUCAGCACGGUUGGUGGUGGGCAUGUGUGUUUGUGUGGAAUGGCAUACAUGUAGUCUGUGGGCUGAACUGCAGUGGCGUCUGCAUGACGCGGUCAUUUUGACUUCCUCCUCCAUUCAGCUGGCAUCUGAAUUGCCACAACACGCCGGCGUGUUUUUCUGGUUUUGGAAAGUUUUGGCUCUCUGUGCGCGGACGUGGGGGGGGGUGUGGCGGUGGGUCUAUGCACGGUUUCACGCCACACUAACCACCUGCGCCCUCUCUCGCCCCUUGUUUUUUCCUUGACCUAUUGCGACAGCGAUUCCAGACGGAUGAUGAGGAAGAGUAGAGAGUGAAGUAGAUGCCACGCAAGUCCACCUGCAGUACAAAGUAAUUCACGCGAAAAUCACCCUCCCAUAGCCUGCCAUGCUUUGGGGCACACAAAUGAUGCCGUCGGCAUCGACAGCUAGGCUGAGCAAAGUAAACUGCAUCUGUCAACUUGAGACUAAAUGCACACUUUUUAGCACAGUGAAACAAUACGUCCCCAUGCUGUUUAACCAAAAUCAAAUUUCAUGAGCUCGCUGGUAUAUUAAAGUGGUGAAUUACCGUUUGCCGAGUUCAGCCGACUUUUGGCCAAACUGCACUCUCUCCCUCUGGUACACUUUUCGGUAAGCUGUGGUUUCGUAGGCCCAACUGAUGGACAAAAUAUCGUUAGGGUGGGACUUAAGUGUUAGUGUUAGGGGUUAGCGCAAAUAUUUCUCAACCAUUCAGAGUACAACCGCGAAUUCCCAAUAGCUUUACUUUUGCAUACAACUACUUGACCUCGUCGCCUGUGCGUUUCCCGGCGCCACCUAUAGAAACCCCUAUUGCAACCGGUUCCGCACUACAGAUGACUGGGGUAUGUUUACUUCAGGUGAGGCUACAUCCGACCCACUUUCUACUUUUUAAUACUUCAGGAAAUAGACGUUGUCGGAAGUAUAUCAAAGAACACGAGCAGUGGAUCUUUCCAUGUGGGUAAAUCGCCUGGUACGUGAAUUCCGCGGUUUGAAGAUUGCAUUAUAGUCAGGUUAAUACAUGCGGAUUAUUUUAAAGAAUAUUUUCCGAUUAACGAUCCUUUGACGUAUGCGUGAGAACUUUCAGGAUCCCCGGAGCGAAAAUUUAUAUAUUACACGGGACAUCUGGAAUCCAAAGUACGAAUGAUGAAGAUAAAGUUCGCGAGCGGCAGAGUUGACAAUAUAAGGAUAAUUCCUUACACCAAACCUGACGCGCCGGUGAUGUUGUCAACUUUCAUUGAUUACGCGAAUGCUUUUAAGGCGAAGUGA